ACCCCCAGUGGAUCUGCCGGGACUUUCUCAGCUUCAGGUUACUGAAGGUCCAGGUGUGGCAAUCGCUGGUUUUGGCGGAGGUGAGACACCACACAGUGCCCCCCACCAUCCCCCCCGGGGUAGGACAGAAAGGUGGGAAAAGCAAGCUGCAGCGUUUGUCCUGUCCCCACCCCCGGGACAAGGAGCUCAUCUCACUCGAAUGUUUUGGAGCCAAGAGGAAACCACAAUCUGAGAAGAUGAGGUUGAUAUGAGCUGGGGAUAACUCUGAAUCUACCUUUCCCAGAACGGCAGCAAAAGACAGUUAGUCCCCUCCAGGUCUACACCAGAACAGACACCCCGUGCCAGCCCAGCUGAAGGCUUUACCUACUGCCCUGUUCCAACGUCAAACUUCUGGAAUAUUGUCCCUGAUGAGAGGGAAGUGUAUGUGAGCCAGCCCCAGGUGCGAACAAUGCCCAGGACUGUGUAAGCCGAGUUUCUCGGGGAUCGGAGCAGAGUGAGAGUGGAUUGAGGCUCUGUCCUGAUGCCUGUUGGUGCUGCGAUGGAGGGCCUGCAGAAUCUUCUAACCCUCUCCUUUCUGAGGAUUGUUAAUGAUGCUCAAAUCGGUAUCACAACAAGCCCAAACUCCACAGAGCCACCAGGAUCAGAUGUGCCAAUUGCUGCCAUUGUGGCUCCCAGUGUUAUCGGUGGUGUGCUGAUCAUCAUCAUCAUCCUUGCUGUGCUGUUCAUAAAGCUGAAAGGAAAGCGGAGGGACGAGGGGACAUAUAACCCGAGUCAGCAGGAGCAGAUUGGGGCCCGAACACAAGUCAGCCAUGGCCUGAAACUGCCCCCAGAGGAAAGACUUAUCUAAGUGGUGUCCCACUGACUCUGCCAUUACAAUCCUGCCGGUGCUCAGGGAUUAUAAGUACAAAACCAAGGAAAAUCUGCCACUGUUGAUCAUUGCUUUGUAGAAUGCCAAUAAUUAGCAAUGAUUCUGUGACCGUUACUCUUUUUGAUUGAUUCUUAGUUUUUUUUUGUUGGGUUUCAGGUGAAAGAUAUUCCACACAACUAUCGCAGGGCACAGUAUCUGCCUUUUUAAUUGCAUAUCUUCAGGUGUGCAUGGUGUCACUGUUGGAAAGAUCUGGUUACGUGACACUGUUUUUCCAGGGAUAUCUCUGGAUCAGAUGAAAACCUUCAGGUGGACAGCACAAACCAAAACCAACCUUUUGUUCCCUAGUUAUAAGCAAUAUGCCACCAGUAUUGAGCUGUUGAGGGUCUGGCUAUCCUAUCUCAGCUGUUGGAACAGGGACACCUGACUGUUUUUGGGGGACUUUCAGGGCAAUGUAUCGGAGAGGUCUCCCAUUGGAGAUUUUUAUUUAAGAAAAAAACCAAAGAUGUUUAGCAAGGUCCUGUUUUACAUUGUUCUGGGUCGCUGGGCCCCACUGUCCUUCUGAAACAGAAACAGACCCAGAAUGAACACAUUGCACCUUGCCACAAUUGAAUGUAGUGAAAUGAAAGUUAGCACUCGGCAAUUAUCAGUGACCAAACAGUAAUCCAUGUCCUGUCAACCCAUAUAUAACACAAUGGGUGACCUCCCGAUCCUGUGGAAUGUAGAUACAUUAACACAUCUGUUUACAGAGGUUUCAUUCAAAUAGGUGACAGAAUAGCUUUGUGUCAUAAAUAUUAAAAGGAUGUUUAGUUUGAUUUUUUAGAUCUACUUUGAAAGAAUCGCUGUUUGAUCCUUUCUUGUCUAAGUCAAUUACUUUCGAGAUGGUGAGAUGUAAUUGGCACGUGAGGGCUCCCCUACAACACGGUUUAACUUGGCACAGUGUCAAUUUGAAACGCUUGAUCAUUUUGAUCAAUAGAUCCUCAGUGGUGGAGCUCAUUGGACAAUGAGAGAUGUAAUAUUUCAUUGUCAGUAGAUGAGAAAGCAGUAAGGAGACAGACUUUGGGAAGUUAUUUUGUGAGAUGUGUCCGGGUAAAUAAAAGAUGAAUAAUGGAUGUUUCCUGAAAAUUUGAAGCAAAUAUAUUUUUUUUUUCUGUGGCUGUCUUGCACUAGAUGAAAAAUGUAUAACUAACAAAUCUUCCUGAAUCAUGGUAUGUUGGAGGUUCUGCUGUUUUAUAAAGGCCAGCAAAAUUAUAGACGAAGGGUGUAAAAAGUCUCUCCUCAAGGCAACAUUGUCAAAUUGCUGUUAAGUAAACACCGGACAAGUUUAUAUCGAAGCAAAGAGAUUGGUGUGAAAUAAACACUGCGUGAAUUUAUACAACAUCAAGCAA